AUAGCUGAUAACAGUUAUCGAUUAAAGCGGAGGCGGCAGGGAUGAUUAAAUAACUUAAUAAACGGAUAAAUUCACAUAAUUUCACAAAUGUACAUAUGUAUGUACAUAUGUACAUAUGGCCAGCCUUGAAGUAGAUCUUCAUCAAAUGAGAGCUUUCGUCCAAUAAAUCUUAUCAAAAUAGCUUUUAACGCUGAGAAAGCAACAAGUGACUACAGAGCAGUCAAUGAGAUGAUGGCAACCAGUGGAAGCAACGCGACCUUUGACCUCAGUCCCAAGAGCCUGGUGGGCGUAGGCGUGGGCCUCGUGGCUGUGGGAGGGGCCAGUUACCUUCUGUUCCGCCACCUGACCCGCGAUGUAAUGCCCCAGAAGUGGCGACGUGUGGGCACCGUGCAGAGGAUCCACUUCUUUCCAGUCAAGUCCUGUGCUCCUCUUGAGAUCUCGAAGCCUGGCGUCGAGUACGAUUGCGAUGUGCUCAGCAUGUCCUUUGAGGGAAUAAGGGAACGCACCUUGAUGGUGGUUAACGACAAGAACGAGAUGAUCACGGCUCGGGUGUAUCCGAAGAUGACCCAGAUCCACUCGAAGAAGGUGUCGCCCAACAAGCUGCUCUUUAGUGCCCAAGACUUGCCCGACCUGGAGUUGGACUUUGAGAAUCUUGAGGGUCCCGAAAAGCAUGUACACACCGUCGUUUGGGGCGUACCUGUAGACGUGAUGCUCUGCGGUGAUCGGAUUAACAAGUGGUUCUCCCAGGCAAUCCGCAAUCAGGAUUCCGGCCUCAAGCUAGUUUACUAUCCCUAUCCAAAACCAGUAAAGGCGGCCAAUUCGGACUUUAAGGGCAUGCCUUUUAUGAGACAGGAGGAUACGGGAACCUUCACCGAUGCCACCAGUUUUAUGCUGAUGAAUCUUUCAUCGGUGGCUGAUCUGAACACCCGGCUGAAGCAUCCUGUGGAUGCUCAACAGUUUCGCGGUAAUUUUGAACUAAAAAUGGAUGUGGACGAACCCUAUGCCGAGGACCAUUGGCAAUGGCUUCGUAUUGGGGACGACGCUGUGUUCCGCUCGGUGGCGCCAUGCACUCGAUGCAUCCUUCCAAACAUAGAUGUGAAUACGGCUGAAAGGGACUCCGACGGAGAGCCACUCAAGACGCUGAAGACUUACCGCAUGUUCAAAUAUAGCGCACCGGCUUUGGGCAUUCAUUUGGGACUUCGGCUGCCGGGCAAGGUCAAGGCAAACGAUGUGGUCUACGUCGGGUACAAGUGAACUCUUCAAUG